AUGCCCCGACGACUGAAAUGUGUCCACAGGGGUCCCGACUCGAGCAGCCCCUACAAGAUCCCCAACGUGGCGGGGGAAGCGUCGGCGCGCGCAGAGGAGCCACCUGGCCAGGGUCCGCGGCGAAGGGAGGUCCGUUGGUCACCUCAAUGUGUACGUGAGUCGGCUCCCCGCUCGCCCGCGCCUGCCGCACCACCUUCGCAAACGCAUUCGUGGCCCGAUCGAGGGCAGGAUCCUGCCCGCGAUCAGUACUGCCACGCCCACCGCCAUUCCGCCGGCCCCGCCGACCUCCGGAACCAGCCGAGUGCGGACGCGGAGGGGACUGCUCACGACGGCCCGAAUCCCAGCGACAUCCAGGCGACCCCCUCCCCCGCGUCGCCGGAGAUCGCCGCGGAGAGCGUUGCACGGGAGAUCGUGCUCGGGGUGAGCGCUGGCCUGCCCGACCAAGAGGAGAUGGGCGGCGAGGAGAGCGAGGACGCGCAGGGGACCGCUGAUCGCCCUCCCUGCGCUGAGGAGGUUCGCGAUGCUCAGGAGAUGGGUGGCGAGGAGAGGGCUGCCGAGGAGGCUGACGCGGAGGCGAGCGCCCGCGCUCCUGCCGCGGCUGACCGUCCGGGCGGUUCGACGCAACACGUGCAGGGGCCCACGAAUACUCCGGCGAGGUGGGGCGCGCGGCAGGCCGAUGGGGAAGAGUUAGCACUCGCUCGAAGCGGCGGACAGGCUCGCUUGCGGAGGGGUGCGCAGGGACACGCAGACGAAGCCCGGCAGGCGCAGGCUCCAGCAGCGCGCUCUCCGCGGGAGCUCCGGAUCCCGUCUCGCGGAUGGGUCCAUCACCCCCAACAGCACCGCAGCCGACGCCAGCGCGCCAACAAAUUGAGGACGAGGUGGUCGAGGCGCCCUAGACAGGACGCACGGGAGCUGCAGGAGGAAGAGGAUCGCGGGGAAUCCGCUUGGGACGCGGCAGCAGCCACCGCGGACGUCGUGGGAACGGGAGACGACGGAGAAGUGGAGGAGCGCGCGGCCCAAAUCGGCGCCGCACCGGCGCAAGCGGUUACGCGAGAACUGCUGAAAGGCUAA